UUCCUAGACUCCAGCUAGCAGUGUUUUGAGCCAACCAUGGUGGACGGCCUUGUGAUUGGUUGAUGAACAUCUCCUUCCCAAUGCUGUGUGAGUAUGUUUCAUCAUUGUGAGUUUGUAUAUUAUUGUGAUUAUCUGUGUAUGAAAUUAAUAUGCUGCUUUGAAUUAAACGUUGUUCAACGAAUUACAGUUAUUAUAUUUUGUCACUGAGAUGGCUGCUCAUACUGACGUGGGUCUAUAUAUAGACCAGGGGGUCGGGUUUUCCAGUUGAAAAACACUUCCCGUUUUCCUUCAAUCUUGCGCAUGCCCAGUAAAAACUGGAAAAAAAAGGUUUCAAUUUAUCAAACCGGCGAGGCACUUCCAAAGCACUUCGUAUUUGUCACAAACCUUCUUCCUAAAGAGAUGGAGGAAAGUAAUCAUCUUCAGAUGAACAAUGAGUCUCCGGAAUUCAAACGGCGGCUGGAGACAUUUCAGGAAUGGAGGAGCCAAGCUGUCAGCGAGCAUGCUCUUGCACGAGCUGGAUUCCAGUUCAUUGGCCCUGGUUACAAAGUGCAAUGUGAUGUCUGCGGGGGAUUGUACAACUGGUCAAAAGGAGACGACCCCUUUGCUGAACACCAGAAACUCUUCCCAAAUUGUGCCUUUAUCAUACAGUUGGAACAGGACAUGAAGAAACCUGUUACAGCUCAGUACCAAACUCAGUACCAAAGGCUGGCAACAUUUUCCACGACACCACUGCAAAUUUCACCUAACCUGCUGGCGGCGGCAGGCUUUCUUCUUGAGGGUGACCUGACGCGGUGCUUCUACUGCGGAGUGGGACUCCGUGACUGGGGCCGCGAGGAUGACCCGUUCCAUGUGCAUCUAAUGUUUAAUCCCUGUUGUGGCUACAUCAGGAACACAUCAAACUUCCAGAGACUUGGCAUCUCGGAACAUGCCAAUUGGUCACUUGCUGGCAGAAGAUCCAUUCGACAGACUGCGCGAGCAAGUCUAAUCAAAGAUCCAGAUCUUCAAGCAAAACUGGAUGAUGUCAACACGUCUCUUCCGCUUGUGAAGGAGCUAUUAGAUGCAUAUGACCUUGAAACAAUUCUCGAGGAGAUGCAACUCCAUAUCAUUAAAACUGGAAGGAAUUAUAAGACUGUUGCAGGUUUUAUUGCAGGUGUUGAUAAGCGGAAAGAAGCGGCCAGAAACAGAGCAACUUCCAUUCAAAUACCUAGGCCAAGUCCACAACUGUCCGCUGAGAAUCGGAGACUCCGCCAGAUGAAGCUGUGCAAGAAGUGCAGUAAUGAAGACUCAGUAGCCUUCCUGCCAUGUCGUCAUUUGGUUCGCUGCUACUCGUGUGCAGCCACAAUUCGGGAGUGUCCAAACUGCCACUCGAGAAUUCAUGGUUUAGUUCCAGUGUAUUACUCAUAACGUAUCUUUGAAGGUCUAAAUGGUAAUGUGAGUGACUGGUGCUUGCUGUAUUCCAAUUUCAUUAAUAUCACUGAACCCGAAAAAAGAGAAAAAUAAUAAAAUACAACGAACAUAAAAACAGA